UGAGAGCGAGCCAGUGCGUCCGCGGCCGUCAACCACACCUUGUCGGGGUGAACCAGCUCGCAAAUAAAGAGAGAGAGAGAGAGAGAAAGAGAGAGAGAGACGCGCGCACAUCCACCCCUCGAGAAGCACCCCUCGGCCGUGGUUGCCGCCGUUCCAUCGGCCGUUUCGCUUUCGACGCGGUCUGCCUGUUGCGGGACGGCUGACUCGUCGAAGCAAGGAUUCUCAAGUGCAAGACGGACAAUUGACAAGGGUCUGUGGAAGAUGGACGUGAAAGGGCGAGUUGCCCUGGUGACGGGCGCCGCUUCCGGUAUUGGUAAAUCCUGUGCCGUGGAAUUAUUGAAUGAAGGCGCGAUGGUGUCUAUAUGCGACAUAAACACAGUGGAGGGUGAGAAAUUGGCGGAAACGUUGUCCACGGAGUACGGGAAAGAUCGCGUGAUCUUCUGCCAGUGUGAUGUCACGGACUAUUCGCAAUUUGAGGAAUCGUUUCAAACGACAUUCGCGACGUUCGGCCACAUCGAUAUCGUUGUUAACAACGCUGGGAUCAUGAACGACCGGUUUUGGGAGCUCGAGGUGGACAUCAACGUGAACGGCGUGAUCCGUGGAACUCUGCUCGCUCAGCGGUAUAUGGGGACGGACAGGGGCGGCCAGGGCGGAAUAGUGGUUAAUAUUGGAAGCAACGUCAGCAUCAACCCUUACGCCAGUGUUCCAAUUUACUCGGCCACCAAGGCGGCAAUCGUCAAUUUCACCAGAGCCUUCGGGCACCAGUAUCACGUGGAUCUAACCGGCGUGAAGGUGAUGGCGUUGUGUCCAAGUGCGACCGAUAGCAAGUUGUUGGAAGACGUCGGUAAACAGUUGCUUUGGCCCCGGUACGUAGACGCUUGGCUUCGCGACGUCGCCAGUUCAGUUCCUCAAAGAUCGGAGCACGUGGCUAAAUCAUUGAUCGAGAUCCUAAACACAGGGAAGAGCGGAAGCGUCUGGAUGGUCGAGAAGGAUCAGCCACCUCACGAGAUCACGUUCCCGAAAAACUAAGCCGUCGCCAUCGUCCCGCGUGAAUUCUUUCUCGCUUGAACGCAGACAAAUGUGCCGUACCAUAAGUUCUUCACCGUAACCGAUACCAUAAAUUCACAAAUCACCGAACAACGAGUCGCGCUCUCUCUCUCUCUUUUUCUUACCAACGUUUCCAGAGAAAGAGAAGAGAAAGAACUCGAGUAGAAAUUUCUUGGAUCUCGCUGUUAAUUCGAAUAUCUCGCGAGAAAUCAUCUUCGAGGAUCUAACGACAGGAUCUAAGUUAGAGGAAUCCAUGAAUCGAUCGUUGAGAGAGCGUGUGAUACUGCGCUCGAAGAUGAAAAUCAGGAUUGUAACAGAGCAACAUCAGACGUGUUGCCAAAGAUUAUGGAAUACAAUUUGCACGCGUCUACGUAGGUUGUUGUGCGUUCCUGUAGGUAGGUCUAGAGAGAACACAGUUGAAUCUGAGGACUAUGAGAUAGUAUUAUGAUUUUAACGGGAUUCUCUCGAGCGUCCGUUUCCUCGAAGGAAAUUCUUAUGCAACGGGGCACGAAACACGAUGCUAAUCGCGAGGAAUAAGUGAUGGACGAGUCGAAAAAUCAAGCACGUUUGUCGCGUAACCUACUCGUUUCGAUGCAACACGAAAAGAAAAAAUUCUGUGCAGAUCGUUCUUUCUAUCGACGAUUUUCAGUUGCAUCGCGUCGAGCUGCAGCAAAUCGAACACGCGAUUGUGACAGUUUUCGUAAUUUCCGAGAUCGGAGCAGUUCCUUUCCAAAAAAGUAUCGUGUUUCUGAAAAGCCUGAUUCGAACGAAAGCGAACGAUUAUUUUCAUUUGAUUUUCAAUGUCGAAAUCGAACUGCCUUGGCGAUCAACGUGUCGGUCGUUGCUCCGACGAUGAACUCAGUACAGUCGUGUACCGCGAAUCGAAAAUUAAUUGGACGACGUUUCUCGAUAAUGACCGAUGCAAGUCGGAAUCGAAACGGACUGAAUUUUAACGCAACUGCCACGUAUUCCCAGCAAGACUCGACUACUUUGUAAGAUAUUUCCCCCCGAGUACUUUUUAUAUAAUAUAUUUGUUAUACCGCGCGACUCUGCACAACUUUGAAAGGAUCUUCAGAGGACCUUUGCUUCAGAUAGUUCACGUAGUACAAAAGGUGUACGAUACCUUUCUCCAAAUAUUUCGAAAGAACGAUGUCCUCAAUAUUUUUGUUUCUUUUUUUUUUUUUUUUCCUUAGCACGCAACUCGAUUAGGUUAGAUUUCACUCUAACUAGUUUAGUUUCAGACUCGAACUUUGUUCGAUAUUUCGUUUCUUCAACGACGAGACAAGUAAAAUCAUCGUGCGAUCACCGGCGAUUACCUGAAUCGAAUCACUGUAGCGUGACAUUUUUAAAAAAAAAAUAUAUAUAUAUAUACAUACAUAUACGUAACAAAAAAAUUGUGCCGUCUUUGAAAAGUCGAACAAGAUUUUAAUCUUUGAACUGGGAAAUGUUCCCAACGACGUUCGAGAAACGUACGAGGCGUUCUUUUUUUUUUUUAUGUUAGGCUUAGCGGCGACGUAUAAUAAGGCGAGAAUAGGCGAUUUAAAGAGAAUCUCGAGGAGCAAAUAAAUAAUCGAUACCUCAAGUACGUUUAGACUGUCCAGUUUGUAAUUUCUCGAACGAGAGCAAUUCGUGGGAUUUCGGAGAAUUGCGGGCGAAUUUAUUGUUAAUAGAUCGACCGCGGUACCUUUCUCGAAAUUACCGUAACUAAUAACUUUUUGAACUUUCUACCUUGUACCUUUUUUAACAGACAGAGUUCGAUCGUAGAUCGUCUCGAUAUCGUCCAAGUCCGUUGUUUUAACACGAGAGAGAAACACUCCGGGAAAGUAUUCAAAUUUAUUCCAUCCGCGUAUUACAAUCUGUUUUACGUGUAAUCAACUGCGACUGUUUUAUGAGAAUUCGACGAGCUGCUCUUUCGUAAUCGUUAUUUCCAUAAUGUAAUCACGAAGUAAAACCAAACUGGUGGAAACGUUUACGAUACAAAUCGUUUGCCUAAUCAGUGUGUGGAAUUUUCAUUUUUUAGCGGAAGUUUCGACUGCUGAUUAUUUGAAAUCAGGACGUAGGAAACUGCAAUUGAUUGUAAUUCCCGCAAGCGGCUAAGAUUUCACUUAUACAGAAGGUUGAUAAAGAUUGUACGUUCGUGCAGAUCCAGCCAGCGGCGGCAACGAAACGAAACUGUUUUUCAAAAAAAAAAAAAAAAAAAAAAAAAAGAAAAAAAACGAUCAAGGUUAGAAGUCGAUUGAAGCCCAAGAACCGGAGUCAUAACCGUGCGCGUAACUUUUUAUACGAAUAUUUUCAAUACGGAGGGAACGACCAAUGUUUAGAUUCACGGUGAAAUCGAGGCCUAAGCUCGGUGUAUUUGACGUACAAGUAACAAUUGUAUCUUCGAUCGAACGUCCUUAACAAUAUAUCUCUCUCUCUCUCUCUUCCCCCUCUUUCUCAUGUCACGAUUAAUAUCUUUUCGGAACGAUUAUACUCUGCUCGAAAUUAAACGAUCGUUCAGCGUGUAUAUACGUAUGUAUGUGUGUGUAUGUAUGUGUGUGUGUGUGUAUGUAUGUAUGUAUGUAUGUCUAACGUACUUAACAAUUCACUGUUAGCACAUUUCCGAUCGCGUGAACGAUUUCUCGAAAUUAUAUCGAUCGCUCCGAGGAAAGUGAAUCUUGGAUGACUGACAGAUUCCUGGAAGAUUAUGGUCGUUACAUGCGAAUUGCUACAUAACGUAUUACGAUGCGGCGCGGGAGAUGAUUCGCAGGACAUCCGGUCGAAGGUCAACCAAGCACAUUUGUAAUUUGUAACAUUGCGUAAUUUUAAUCGACGGCACGAUCGAAUAGCUAGUGGAAAUUGUUGGUUUUGUUAUAAAUAUCAUUUGCUCGGUAUGUAUGUUGCAAGCCUAGCCAAUAAAAAUGCAUAGCUUUUUUUACAAAAA